AUGGAUAAUUUAAUUUCAAUAAAAACCGAAAUAGAAAACGCAUUCGAACAUAAACAAAUACUCGAAAUGAUCAGUUUUGAUAUAACAAAGGCUUACGAUUCUGUAUGGAGACAUAGAAUACUAACUCUAUUGAAAAGACAAUUCCAGGUCAAAGUAUCACAUACCUUAUCAAAGACGUUCAGCCAAGAAAAUGGUAUUCCACAAGGAUCAUCUCUGGCAGUUACACUUUUUCUCUUGGCCAUUAAUGACAUUGUUGAAACAAUUAAAGUUCCCUUAAAAGCUAAUUUAUUCGCUGAUGACUUAAACAUAUUUUGCAGAAGCAAUAACCUAAAAACUGUCCAAGAGUUUCUCAUCCAAAUAAGUGCUAACAGCUUAACUGAUCGGUAA